GGAGGCCAGCUUCUAUAAGAACUCAAGAGGCGGGCGCUCAGGAGCAUACCUAGGUAAUCCUACUCAUUGUGGUGAAGCAAAAGCUGUCUCUCUCUGCUUAAUCUAGAGACAGCUUGGCAGGUUGCAAAGAUCUCAUCAUUCUUGAGGGGGGCUUAGGGCAGUCAGGGCAAUCAAGGCAGCACCAGGCAAUUUCUUCAGACCCCUCCAAUGGCGCAGUGUGGCAUCACCUGCGCUGUCAGCCGGUGCCCAGGAGCUGUGAGCCUGUCUUGCAGCAGCCUGGCUCAGAGGCCCAAUGCUGGCUCUACAACCCGCACGUUUGAUGUCCAUUCCUCCUUCUGUGCUGUACCAUCAGUUGCAUUAGCUGCAGGGCAUGCCUAUGGCCGAUCCCCCUCUGUGGCUGCCCCGCGGCAACUGCCAACCAAUGGGAGAUACGUUGGUGGUCGUGGCCCAGCCCAGGUUACAUGCAGCAUGAGCGGGGGCCGCAGCGGAGCGGGGGGUACGGAGUGGGAGAAGGAGGUUGUGGUGGAGGGGAACAACAUCAAGGAGGUCCUCAUUGCCACCGACCGGCAGCAGCCCGCAGCGGCAGCGGAGCGGGCAGGGGAUGCAGCGGGAGACGCGGCGGAGAGUGUGGGGGAGGCGGCCAGCGAGGUGGCGGACAGUGUGGGCAGCGCUGCGGAGGAGGUGCGGGACAGCGUGGGGGGGGCAGCGCAGGAGAGCCAAGCGGCGGCGGAGGACGCAGGAGAGGCGGUGGUGGGGGCAGCGCAGCAGGUGGGGGACACGGUGGCGGAGCAGGCGGAGAAGGUGGGGGACAGCGUGGCAGACGCAGCGGGGGACGCAGCGGAGGCACUGGGGGAUGCGGCAGGGGAGGUGGGGGAGCAGGCGCAGAGCACGCUGGAGGACGCACAGGAGUUUGCGGAGGACACCCUGGAGGCGGCGCAGGACGGUGCAGACAGUGUGCAGCGCACCCUGGAGGUGGAGGGGCGCAGCGUGGCGGCCAGGGCAGAGAGAGCAGGCCGCAAAAUCUCAGAGGAGAACGAGCGCUACGUGAGCCGCGUGCGUGGGGUGAUGGACAUCGUGGGCACACGCGCGCAGAGCGGCGAUGUGGUGGGGGCGAUCACGACGGCGGUGGGGGAGGGCUUCGAGGCAGCGGACGAGCUGCGCCGGGGCGUGACCAGCGCUGUGAGCGAGGCCAUUGAGGGAGCCCCCGUGCCAGCCGACACCACCAUGGACAGCCCGCCCCCACCGCAGCCUGCCUUCCAGCCGGCCAAGAGUGGGCCCUACACCGGAGUCAGGGCGCUCGUGGCAGGAGCCAAUGGCCGCACGGGGCGACUGCUGGUCGAGAGCCUGGUCAGCAAGGGCGUGCCUGUGCGUGCACUGGUGCGCGACGCCAGCAAGGCGCGCAGCUUGCGGGCGAUGCGAGGAGUCACCGUGGUGCAGGGCGACACAUACCGAUAUGAGACCUUGCAGAGCGCCAUCGGGGACAGUAACGUGGUGCUGUGCGCGACGGGGGUGCGGCCUGACAUCUUCGACCCGCUGGGCCCCUUCAAGUACGAGUACGAGGGCGUGGUCAACCUGGUGGCGCUCGCCAAGAACAAGGACGUCAACAAGUUUGUGCUGGUGACGUCGAUCGGCACGUCGCAGCUGGUGUCCCCGUUCAACCUGUUUUACGGCCUGCUCUGGUGGAAGAAGCAGGCGGAGCUGGUGCUGCAGCGCUCCGGGCUGCCCUACACCAUCGUGCGCCCUGGCGGCCUCACCGCCACCGCCAAGCGCGGCAACGUGGUUUUCCGGCAGGCCGACACCACGUUCGGGGGGGCCGUCAGCCGGGCCCAGGUGGCAGAGGCGUGCGUGGCGGCGCUGGUGCUGCCCCAGGCAGACAACAAGAUUGUCGAGAUUGUUGCGGAGGAGAACGCAUCGGAGAGGAGCAUGUUCGACCUCUUUUCUUCCAUCUGAAUCAUGUCUUUAUUUAUUCCGGUAUGUAUUGUCAAGUUGGGCCGCUGUCAAGCAUAACGUGUUGGCGAGUUGGAUCAAUGCUCGGACUUGCAGUACUUUGACCGACAGUUAGUGACUCUGAGUGUAAUGCAAAAACACCUCUGUGACAAAACAUUCACAUCCCUUAGUUGUCGUAACCAAAAAACUUUCGAUGUUGAGCUGCACUCUUGCAAUAAAACGGCUCUAUUGCAUUCUUACGAAAUAGCUCAAAACCUGUUGUCAG